UCUAUCCUGAAUUUGCUUCCCCCCUGUCCCCAGUCCCGCAACCCUUUAUCUUCCCGUUAACAUUAUGCCUUUAUCUUCCCGUUCGAUAACGUUUGUCUCAACAACAGCCCUCAAACGCAAUAUUGGACAAUACGGUAGAAAGACGGUACGGAACGAACGUUACCGAUGCGAUCGGCAAAUCGGUUUCGAUCGACCUAGCGAUCGACCUAGCAGCUACCCUAUACACGGUGGAAGAAAACUCAAAACAAAUAGCUAGUGCAAUGUUUUUUUUAAUACUAUUGUUUUAUUAAUGCAAAAUAAUAUGAUCGAACCUUCCAUGUUUUCCUUUUAUCUGUGCUUUAAGUGAACGAAAUCAAAAAUAACUUUUAAGAUUUAACUAUGCGUACGAAAGAGUGACACUACUAGGAAUGCAAAAACGCGCAGCAGCAGCAGCAGUAGUAGGAAGUAGGAGAGCAAACAUAUUUUAUGGCGGAAGUUUUGUACAAUUUUCAAAUAACAAACAAACAACAGCAUCUAAGAUCUAAACGAAAAAUGCAGGCGGCCGUUGAAGGAAACUAAAACUGUUAAGCAAAAUGCGCUAAUACUAUACGCGUAAAUGUGCAACAAUGGGAUAGCAAAAGCGAGACAAAAAACAAACAAACAAACUCUUCGAAUCGCAUUUUACUUUUUCAUUGUAUUGCAAACGGAUCCCAAGUGUCCUAGUUAUGAUUUGUAUGGUUUGCAAAUUAUUCAAUUUACUGUGUCCUAAGUUCACAAAACAACAUCUUCCCUCUUCUUUUUUAUCAAACGGACCAAUAGUAACAGAGAGUAUCACACAGCAGCAGCGAUAAUGCGGCUGUAACCAAUAGGUAGAAACGUUCGAGCAAAUUUCUUUGUUUCGGAGCAAGUUUCGUACAAAAACCCGGAUUUCGGUCACGGAAACCACCACUGAAUCAAACUUCAAACCUACGCAAUAAAAUAACAACAACAAGCAGAACACGGCUCUUAAGCAACAGCACUACUUAUUGCAACAGAAAAACAAAAAACAAAACAUUGCAAGGCAACAGUUAAACAUAUAAACACACAUGCAACACACAUUCAAUACAGGAAAUAUUCGAUUGUUUGUCGUACAUUUUAAGCAUAUUUGUUCACUUUAGGAAACGUCACGUUUGAACAGUUCCAACAGUUUGGCAAAUGUUUUACCAACCGGAAACAAAAUAAUACAUCAAGAAAACUAUCUGCAGAAGAAGCAAAACACACUCACAAGCAACAGUGUAGCACGGACAGUGAAACCCAGUAACAAACAGCAGACUGCAACGAGCACACAAUAGAAGGCCCAUUCAUUAUUCAGCAAGAGAAGAAAAAAAACGUACCAAAAAUCUUACCAACAGCUACCAUCAAAACUGAGAUGGAACUCAUACAACAGCUAAAGAUCAUUUCAGCAAGAGGAAACAAAAACAACUAAAUAGCACCACCAGCAUCACUACUACCAUCCCUACCAUCAGCAGUAUAAUGCCUCCAUCAAAUACCACCAAAUAUAAUACAACUACAUCAUCGUAAAAUACCAAUCUUCCUAUCCUCCGUACCACCAUCUCCACCACUCCCACCAAACAUCACCAUUCAACACUACAAACUUCCCUGAAAACUAACCUAUGCCGACAGUCGAUUGGCACUGGGAUACAUCGCCGCCGAUGUCGCGAAUGCCACCAUCAACUAUGGACCGGCACGAGCAGUGCGUGCGAUGUAUCACAGUGUACACAUAUAAAUAGAAGAGAAACAAAAAACUGACAUACAGAAGAACCACCACUACAGAAAACAGCAAUGAAAUUACAAUAGCGCUAAUGCAAUAGAACUAAACUCUACACACCUACACAACCCACUACUCACCCACUCAUGCAUACACGACCGCAAACGCCCAGCACGCUGGGUGACAAUAGUCAAGUAAAAUGGAUUAAUAAUACCACAGGAAGACCAACACACUUCAAACUCCCAGUUACGGUUAUAAUUAUUAUUGCUACAGUCCGUGGGGAACAGAGAGACAAUUGCGUAAAAGUUAAAGUCAAUAGUCACCAUAUCACUCACUCACUCACUCUCUUUCUCUAACACACUACACACUCACUUACAAACUUACGAUCUACUACCAAUGCUCGGUUUAGUAUACAAUAGCCCGGCUACUGAGAUUUGGUGGAGCUGUCGAUGCAAGCGCACCGACAGACUCGGCCGACCAUGUUAUCGCUCACAACACACACACACAUACAUACUACUUACAGAAGCAGCAGCAGCAGCAGUAAUCUUUAUUGUACAAUAGCCAGGAUUGAUGGAUAAGCACUGACUUAUCUCUUGUUCACAUUUUCCACAUCACAAUACACACAUACACACCGACACAAAUAUUACAUACAAUAAUACAGCCGCGAUCGGGCGCGGCAGCAUAGCCCGUACGAUCGUGUGCAUUAAUGUUUAAAUUUUGUUACAGUUCUCUUACUAAGCAGUAAUAAUAACCGUAAUGAACAGAAACAGAAAAUAGAAAUAGUAGAAGGAAAAUACACAAAAAAAUAAGCCAUUCCAACACCCUCAAACACCCCCCAACCCAAAUCCCCACAAUUUCCUCCGCUGCGUUAUGUCGUACUAAAAAAACAGAAACAGCUGAUGAUGAUCCUCUAAAUGACCACACUCUACCACAGUAACUCUCAGCAGCUCAGCAGCGAUCAAUCAAUUCAAUUCAAUUACAAACCGCAGUUCUUACAAUAGUUACAAUAGUGAAACAAUAAGAAGCAAACACAACUGUAAAGUCAAUGUACAAACCAUUACAAACAAACAAUGAAAAUGCUACGUUACAGUACAUGUUCGUAAACAAUAUCAAUACCAAAUAUCGGAUGUUCCCCCGUGGGCAAGAAAAGCUGAACACUCCCGCCGUGUACUCCCGUUUUUCUCUCGGGUAAAACCAACUACCCACAGCCACUAAAAUAGGAAAAAUGAGGAAUGGCAUGAGCAUUCAGCUAAAACAGAAAUACAAAACCGCGCUACCUGUCUGCGGUGGACCAUUCGAUGCCAAUAGAAAACAAUAGAACCCCGUCGCUGAAGCAGAGCGAGAAACAAUUAAUUCACAGCAUCAAGCCCACACACCCAAACACAUACAAACUCACACUUAACACACAUGUAAUAGUGGCGCUGAUGCAAAUUAGGCGCAUUUAAAUAGAACACAGGUUCCAAUAGUAUAAACUGCAGGAUGCAAAUGCAUAAGCAAAAAAAACCCAUAAGUGAACCACCCGAAAUCGGAUAGUACACUCAUCAUUUCUUUAUCAUAAUUCACAAACCUACACUUACAACUUCAUACAACAGUUCAGUGCAACGAGUUGGAUUAACGUAAUCAAAUUUAAAUGAUGUAAUCCGUACAGGAACAGGCAAACAAAUGCAGUGAAGAGAUGUAUGGCUUCCGCUGAGAAAAAAAGGGAUAACAAUAUAUAAAAACAAAACAGCAGCAAGCAGCAACAAACAAUUGCAGCAGCAAAUCAAUAACAAGCAGAUAGCAAGACAUUUGCCAGUAAGCAGAGUGAAAACACCCAAGGUGAAAAGAUCGUGCAAGAUCGCGACGAAUUGGGAGUAAAGAACAGUUUCACAGAUGUCCAAAGAAGAACAAAUUACUAUCCUGUUUUCAAUCUUUAGUUUCACUCACACAGCAGAAGAAUAGUAUGAAUGAACCAAACUAACAGAUAAUAACAAUGAUCAUCCCAAACUUGCCGCCGCAACCAAUCAUCGAUCAUCCUCGGCGCCAAUGAGGAUGCCGAAGGAACGUGAACGCAUUUUUGUUUCUGUAUUCCGCAAGUACAUUUCGUCAAGAGGUUCUGUUUGCUUUACUUCUUAGUGAUAGAAGCUUAGCUAUAGCGCGUACGAUGCAUAAGCAUACACUUUGCUUUGUAAGCAGGUUGAGGCAAAUGAGCAGCGCAACCCAGAAGAUGAAACUUAUUUUACACCCUAGGUUUUAUGAGCGCCGGCAAAGUGUUUUGCGACGUGUUUGAAAUAAUAGGCCAGCCGUUUCGUUAAGCCAGAGCGAAGGAAGCGACAGUGCUCCUUUUUCUCUGUAGCGUAAGACUAGUUAAAUAGUUGUAUAGCCGGAAGGGAAGGAAAUAUCCAAACAUAAGAAAUACGCCGGGCGAAAUCCACCAGCAAUUAAAAUGAACGUUAUUUGCACUGUCGUGCACACCACCGCAAACUGGUGGGGCGGGGGUGCGCGCAGUGCACAAGGAUGCAGUGUUGUUGUAUAAUGCGUUUUUACUCUUAAUUUAGUUAAGUUGUUUCCACAAACAUCCCCUCCCCUCAAUAAUGCUGUUUUGCUAAUGCAACGUUCGAACACAUAAGCAUUGUUGGUUGGGUUGUAUCUGUUUUAGUAAGAAGAAAGCGCAGUGCGCCCCUCAACCCUCAAUUCGAUGGGUGAUCGGGUUUCUGUUUCACCCGUCAGGCGGGGAGGGAACUGUAAACAUGUGAGCAAAUACAAAUACACACAAACACACACACAUAAAAUACAGACCACACGAAAUGAAAUAAUCUUGUAAAACCAAGACAGGCAAAACAAAGCGGAAGAAACACGCGAAGGAAACUUACAAAAUGGCUGCCUAGGAAAUAGAACAUUACACUACAAAACUAGUUUACUUGCAAACGCAUCAACAUACAAAUUCGAUUCGAUUAGCAAUUAGCUCUUAAGCGAACAACAGUGAACAAAGACAUGUACGUUUGGUUUUAAGUUGACGGUUGGCACAACAAUACUUUAUGUUUUUUGUUUGUUUUAUGUUUAAACCGUCGGACAUACACGAUACGUCAAACCCUGUAUGUAUUGCCGAAAAUGUCGAAAAUGUCUUUUAUUUACCCUCAAUAAACUCACCGGAAUAAGAACACACAUUUCCUGACAUUAUCUGGAAAGAAUCACAAUCACGGUCGCGAUCUUUUUUUUUUCACUUCAGCUAAGGAAGAUAAACAAUUGGAAAUGAAUUUCAACCCUCGAAACCCGCACGGGCAAAAUGAACGUACCAUCAAGGAAGCAACAAGAUUGCAUCAAUUUCACCCGGUGUUUGUGUGUGCUUUCCAUUGGUUUUCAUUUCGUUGUACAAUUUUGGACAAAAUACCCACUGUUUAUAGAGGCAAACAACAAAAAAAACGAAUCAAACACAGACAAACAAACAAACGUAUGAGACAUGUUAAAAAAUGCAACUACCAAGUAUUUACCACCAAAAAUGUGCCAGAACACACACACACACACACACACAAACACACACCGCAAAUGCAAACAUUUGAUACAAGGCGCCUUUGUACCAUAUAGAACGCCGAGCACUAGUUGAAAAGUGUUAAAAGUUUCGAGUUUCUUGGUUAACUGUUCACUUUUACUUUGCUUCUCAUUCACGAUCGUAUGGAAAGGUAAACUAGAACAAUAAAUUAGUCAUCACAAAAUUUUAACCAUUUCAGUUAUUUCACCAAACUUUCAAAAUGCGUAAUUUUACCUUAAAUCCCCUGUUUAGAAGUGUUUGAACGGUCUGGCCUAUUUCAUUCAUCCCAAACAAGCACGAACCAAAACCUGGCGAAAACAAUCUUGAAGUACAGAUUGUGCGAUUAGUAUAGUAGGAAUAAACGAAAUUUACCACUUUAUAAAGAGUCAAUGCCUUACAACAAUGGAAGCAAGCAGUAUCAAAAGGUGAAUUCAUUAUUCUCGAACCGGUCAAAAGAAGGAUUGUGAUGAUAGUGUGUGUAAAAAUGGGAAGAAUAACACAGUAAAAUUUGUCUAUCAAUAAACAUCAGAACACGUUAGAGCUCUAAAUUGUGGAUUUGUAGAUCCAUUUCCCGGCGCACUGCUUCGCGAUAAUGUGGAAUUACGCUUAUGAGCUUUGCAGUGAAGACAUUCUGGCCAGAGAUAGAGAGAGAGAGAAAUAAAGAAUAGUGUAAGCUGUGGUCUUUCAAUUCAUGUAUAAUAUCAAUGAGACGAAAGAUUAUGCCAGCCAGGGUACUAUCCGGCUGCACAAUUUCUUAUGAAUGUAUAGCUGUUUAAAUAUACAUGUUCGUGUUUGUGCGGUGUAAUAUUGUUGUUUUGCUGCGUGUGCAUUUAUUCUGUACAAAAUGUUCACAAUAAAGUAUUUCAUUUCGUGCCACUUGAUUCUUGAUUACGGAGAUGGUUUGUUUGCCAAAAAAAAGAAGAAGCUUAAAGCACACACGUAUUUCCCAGCAUAUGGGCUACAACCAAAACAGGUUUCAAGGAUAUGCUACCUUGCUGCAAGCUGUUUCGUUCUUUUAACAAACGAUCCUCACGUGAAGGAAUUGUCAAAAAAAGGCUCCAGUUUGUUGAAAACUAUUUGUAGCCAUUUUUGUAACCAAAUUCAAUCGAUGAGCUUUAUUUCUCGUGCGAUCAUUUAAUCGAUUUUCUGUUUUCAACACGUUCGAACCAUCAUUGGCAAAACUUAUGAUGCUACGAUUUAAAAUAAGGCAUGGGAGAAGCAAAUUUCAACAAAAUUGUGAUUUAAGCACUACGGAGUCAAUAAGUUUGACACGUAAAUGGUUACACGGGAAACACCACGAAGUAGACAAAAUUCAUUAUAUAUUGGCAAGACUAAAACUGACGGAAAACGGGCUAAAUUUCAACGUUGUUCAGUGAAGAAGGCCACAAAAUUGUGAUUAAAUUUUACAUUGCUUCGAGCAUUCAGAAUCGAUAAUCGGAAUCAAAAUUCAGACUAACUGAACUACAGUGUUCACACACACAACCGAGAGGUGCUAAAAUAAUUAGGAAUUUGUAACAAAACUAAAACUGCAUACUUUGUGAUUGGAUAGAUUUUAGCGUUUAUUUUCCAAAUUGAAGCUAUUGGGGAUGCAACGACUCGUAAUUAAUGGCAAGCAUGUUUGAUAAACCUUAACAAAUGGUGCUUGGCGAACAUUUUACGAAGGACUCAUUAGACGAGUCACCGACGCGUAACAGUAAGGUUAAAUUCGCUUCACGUGUUGUUUCCUUUUGGAUCAUGAGCUUUGAUUUUUGUAAAUAGUAGACAAAGAACAUGAACAACGUGCACACCCACUAACUCGGAUGAGAAAUUGUUAUUUUGUUGUUAUCAUCUCUCUUCGGCAUCAAAUGUAUGUGUGCGCCAGUUGUGCUUCUUUAGUGGACGAUGGGUUAUACGAAGAGACGAAUUGUUUACAUCGUUUAGAGAAUGUUUAUACCUUCUUUCCUCAUUUCACAUGGAAAAAUGGCAGUAGAAAAUUAAGCUUUUAUACAACUUUUGGGCGACAACAUGGCAAAAUGUGUAUCGAUCGGUGUUGCAUCGAUGGCCAACUGAAUCCAAUGAAUAUUUACUCUCCAGUCCAAAAGAAAUGCAUUUACAAAUCUAAAUUUAUUGCAACAAUGCGAUCAUCUAACCAUGUAUCAACAAGAAGAUGCGUUGAAAAAGCAACAAAAAAAACGUAUAAAAACAGAGACUAACAAAACCAUAACUGUAAAAUUAUAUCUCCACUGGAAAAGGUAUCGAAUGACGGAAAUCUGUAACAUUUUACUUUAUUUAAUGUCUAAAUGUGAUAUGUAGGAUUAUGUUCGAUACAGGAAACAUGUACCAUCAAAUAAACGAUAACUCCUGUACGUAAAUCGCCGUAAAGAGGGAACGAGGAAACAUAGCAAAUGAAGCAACAACAAAAAAACAUUAAACCAAAUGCAUAAAACAAUUUAAAUGAAGUUUGAAAAUAAUUACAAAAACAAAACAAAAUGGUACACAAAAUUAAUUCAUUAAUUCAUACCGAUGGGUUCAGCAAAUGCAAAUGCAAACGAAACAAAUGCAACAAAUAGUAAAUUGAAGUAAGAACACGAACAAAAUUCAAGCACAUCUACCACAGUCACAUGUAUGGCAAGGUUUAAAAGCAUUCAAACCCUAAUUCAGUCAACCUCUUGGCUUGCACGAAUGACAUCCAAAUCCAAUUUGCAUAUGAAGUUCUUUUUUACAUUAGAAACACCUUUUUUUAUAAGCAGGAUCGAUAUUUUCUUUCUUUCAACAGUCAAUCAAUCAAUUAGAACAGGAUAUAUAAAUACGCACAUAACAAAGAGCUGAAUGCUUUAAAAAACACACAAGCAACGCCAGCAACGCAAUAGAAAAUAGCAGCCGAAUAAUACUACGCAGCAACAGAAUACAUACAUAAAUAAUCAAUGGAAUUAUUUUACUACUAAUACUACCACCAUUGCACAGUAUAAUAACUACAAUAGCAGCAAACAACAGCUUAGAAAUAAAAUUCUUAAGUCACCGUUAGCACACAAAGCAAACACACAAAAACAACAUACAAGCAAAUUCAAGACGAAAAACAACUCAACUCACAGUAACAGUAACAGCAAUCAACAACAAGAACAGAUACCAGCAGAUACAGCAAUAGCAAUAUCAAGAACAUAAUGCAUGGAGGAGUAGCGCAUGAGGGGUUAUUAUUUCAGUUGGCAUUUAGCAUUUUAUGCUUGUAUAAAUACCAAUUCAAUUUUCCACUCUACCAAUCAACCAAUCAAACGAAAUCAGUACGUUAAUGCAUUUUUAUUUUUCAUAUUCAAUUGUUUCACUGCAAUUAACUGAGACAGUUUGUAAGGCACAUCGCGUUCAACUUCGCCAAAAACCAAGAAGAUGGAAUUUGCAAUUCGGUGUGCUAAUUAUGAUUUUGGAUAUGUCAUUCCUUGAAAGCUAUAACGAACGAAGGUUGAUCAAGGCACUUUAUGAUGCUACGUGCCGAACAAUGCAUUCGAUGAGUGUGCAAAGAUAUGCAUUCCAGUAGAACUAUGCGCGGGCCUAUGGUUUACUUUCCGCAGCAGCACUUGCGCAGCUUUCUGCGCAAUGAAAUGCAAACCACCAAAACACAUAUACGUAGGGAAUGUUCUUUAUUUUGAGAAAAAAAAAAUCCUGUUUACAGUAGGAUGGUGAACAUUUUAGUUCUGUUUUAUGCCGGAUCGUACUGUCAACGUCAGUGUUACAGAUGUUUCUAUUCUUGCGCAUUUUUUUUUUAUUGAGAAUUAUUUUACAUAUUUUAUAUCAAUUCAACUUAAGUUUUAAGUUGUUGUUACACAUUUACACAUUUCCUUUAAUCUGUUAGCAAACUAUUAUACUAUUAUGCCUAUUUCUUAACCAACUGCUGUGUUUAUAUCGUUAAUCGUUCUCUGUUACUUUCUCCCUAAAUUACGAGUUUAGUUUUUUGCCAUCUCUAUUGAAAUUUUAUGAAACGAACCGCAAUUUUAUUUAGUAGUACGUUUUUGUGCUGCACAUACAGCGGAAAAGACAGGUUUGCAAACAAACAAAAAACAACAGAAUCUUGCAGUUAUUUCUAUUGAAUGCACUGCAAAAACCCAACGCUGACCAGUGGAGUGGUGGUACAGGAGAGGCAGAGCUUGGUUAACAUGUCUUUCCGAAAUAUUACCAACAUCGUGCUGCUAAAAUGUAAACCAACAAAUAAGUUAUGCUUCUGUGGCAUUCGUAGAUGUGUGACGUAUAUAAAAAGAAUGUUUUUUUGGGUACACAUUUGCGUGUGCACCACACAUCCACCCAAAUAUCGGAAUUUGCAACAUGCACAAGAAAACUCGUUGGUGCACGUGGAAGAGGAAAAAUAUUUAAAACGGACACAGAUCUAAAUGUACAUUACAGAAUAAGACACACCAACACACAUACACCCACAGCAAUAGCCAUAAUCAAUACAAUGUCACACUUUAAUAAUUAUAAAAAUCAACACCCAACUACAUACAAAGUAAGCAGAUAAAAGCGAUUAGGAACCAGCCACGGUACACACAGCAUAAUAACAAGAAUUAAACAGAAAACAAAAAGCUUCAACUAUCCGUGAGUCGAAACAUAGUUCUAACAAAGCGUGGUACCAACAGCCAGAAAUUAGAAGUCUAAAAUUGGCUAAACAUGCGCUAUGUUGGUGCGCGGUGCAUCAAAAUGCAUUCGGUGAGCUUUGAAAACGAGCAAAUCUAUCUGUUGAAAAGCGUGUUACACAUUUACCCGUACAUAGAACACAUUUUGUCUGCAAUGUCUGCAAUAAGCAGGCGUUGAAAGGCUCUUGCAGCAAAUCUUGUAAAUACAGCCCAACAACCGAGCAUCACAAUCCGUUCUCUACGCGAAACGGUAGAAAGCGCUUGAAACUACAGAGAAAGAAAAGAAAAGAAAGGAACACUGGGCGAGGUUUAGCAACCAACUCAAUAGAAUUAAUCUUGCAGUAAACAGAAGAAGAAGUAAAAAAAACAAACCUUCAACCAUCUCUAAUAAUACACGAUGUACACACAGGCACACACACACACAGAGUGAUGGUUAUACCAAACGAGCAAACGAUGGCACGAAGGAUCAACAGCCACCCGAUAGACAGAAUUAUCUUCAUGCAAACAGGAUCAGAAUUAGGUUUUCCGAUACCAGUACAGGUACAUGGUGAAGUUAGUUUUUAUUCCUUCUUUUUUACUAACAGUCCAACAGGUUCAAUAUCAACUCCACGAUCACAGCUCAACAUGCAACAGCGUACGAGCGAAUAGGCAAAGUAAAUGCAAUCACACGCGAAGGUACACAACGCAAGUUAGAUCGUUUAGUAGUGCCAGUUAUUAAAGAGAAUCGAUAGCUGCUUCGACAACAAGUCGAAAGUAAUGGCUCAUCAUGUUUCAUCAUAUUUUCUCAAGCCACGGGAAGGUUAAGUUCUGCAAGAAGGUAACAGAAAGGAUACAAGAUUUUAUACGAUUUUAUACUGUAAGCAUUAGUUGAUCUACUUCAGUUUGACACGGGGUAUAUAAGCUAAAGGCAUUAAGGUUAGUUUUAUGUUUAUUAUUAUUAUUAUUCGGUUAAGUUGUACAAUACACACAAGCUUGAAAGAUAGCCAAUGUAGCAGCAACAGCAAAGCGUUUAGAUUCUAACUGGAAGAUCUUUCACGGGGAAUGUGAGCUCCCGGACAUGCGUUCGGUUAUGAGCUCCUUUCACUUCUUUACUUAAGCAUUAGCUUUAAAUAUUCAACCUUACUGAAGCCAAUGGUUACAUUGUAAGUUUAUGUUCAACGGUCUAUUCGCAUCCAUUCAGAUUCAGAAAACGGUACAAUGAGCUUAGGUAGAGUCGAUUUAAAUUUUUAUGUUUGGGAUAUGUUUUGAUGUACAUUUUAACUUAAGUUAACAUAGUUUAACGUAGGACCUUUUGCUUACUAAGAACAGGUGUUGGUAGGCAAAUUUAAAGUUUCUACUUAAGAGAUUAUUGCGAUAAGAGCAGAUUUUAAGGUAAACGGUUUAUAUUGUCUGAAUGAGCACUUUCGAGAGUAUCAACAUCAGCAAAUUGCCAACAAUUGCGAACAACUCACGAUUGCAUUUACUUUACCGCUUUACUCGUCCCUGUGCGUGCAACCAAGAUCAACCAGCCGGUGAAAUAGCAAAAACAGCAGCCGAAACAGAAUCAAGCAGAAAUAAUAGAAUAACUCCAACCCAAUCAAUACAAUUGCAAUAGAGGAUUCCGCAAUUACAACACAGCGGUUCUAAAAUCUAACCCCAUUGCCACCCGCAAUUUACCAAACCCAUUUUACUCUAAUCACAACAUGCAACAUGUAACAAUAGCCCAAACAGGUUAAAAAACUCAAUUCGUUUCGAACUCUUUGGUUGUACGAUUUACACUAAAACACAACAAACACCUGCAUCGAUCGUAUCGAUUGCUGUGACCACGAUCCCGUUCGAAUACCGUUUGGCUCGAUUGUUUAGGCAAACCGCAAGAUGAAGCGCAAGUAAAAUCAGCUGGCAAGAUUGUCACUACAUCUUUAACAGCUAAACUUAAAAGGAAACAAAAAUUAAACAAAGACUGAACAAACAAACAAACAAACCAUCAAAUCAUCCUUAACUGACGAAAUGAAACGGGAAAGUUGUACAUGUAGUUGAACGUAGGGAAACAUUUUCCACCCAAAAAAAUGGCAAAUGAUUUAUAGUAUUAUCCUCUACCCCUUAAAGAUUAACCCGCCAUGAGCAUUGUUUCAAAAUCAGUUGGGCACUAGAGACCAACAGCGAUUGUUUAAUUUUGUUGCUUUUAAAAAAAGGGAUAAAACAUGCUCCGAUGAGUAAAACACAGCCACCAACAACUACUACACGAAUGAUAAAGUGUUAGAAAAUGUUUUUUUUACCGCUGAGGUACAUCAUUCAGAAAGAGGGAUUUCAAAGAAAUUCGCAUGUGCAAACAUUAUGUAAACCGAGAGAAAAUGAACAAAACCUGUUUUGGGACCAAAAUCACCUCCAGAAUCAGCAUUCCGAAAAUUCCAUAUCCAGUUUCAGAAACUGAAAAUUACAAUCUAACUUACACCCGUGAGUUUUCCAGCAGGAACAAAUCAUUUCAUCAACGCCUCAUCGGAGGGCGCGAUCAUACUGAUCUGUUGAAAAUGGGGUAAUGGAAGGCUUGAAACAAAAGCAAAACAAAAAACUGUGCGUAUAUAUAUGUGUAUAUCGGCAAAGGUAGCCAAAGAUAUCCGAGAUAUCGUUGCCUUUUCGUUUACGAUACGAAGGUACGCUUACAUCUGUAAAAGAAAUAUUGAAAGUUAAAAAAAAAGAAGAUAAACCCGCAAUCUUUGGAGCAAGUGUGCGGGUAAAGUAUCUGUAUCGAAAGAGUAUGUAAUUUGUAUUGAACAAAAAAAUGUGUACGUUUCGACAUGAGAGUAAAGAAAACAAAAGAAACAAACAAACAAAAAAUAUAGAAAAUUGCUAAGCAAGCAAAAACAAAAAGAAAAUAAAAUAACAUUUCGUCCGGCAAUGCAACAAAAAAUGGAUACAUUCUUAUUAGCCAAAAUUGUAAUGAAAAAAAGGAGCGAUAUUUAAGACGCAAAACUAAAAAUUUCAAACAAAUAACGGCUCCAAACAUGUACACGGUGCGUUCGAAGUUCGGACAGAAUCUGUCAAAUCAAAAGGAAAACCUCCCCCCCGUAUAAAGAAGUGCGAGAGACUGUGCAGGCUUUUUGCUAAAAAAUGGAACACGAGUAAAUCAAACCAAACAUGUUGAAAUGCAUAUUAAACGUUGUGGGAUUGUUAUUAAAAAAGAGAGAAGAACAAAAAAACAGAUAGUACAGAUGCAUCAUAUGCAGCAACAGUGAGAGUAGCUGACGUACAUAAGUAAGGAAAAUCGAACGAAGGUGUAACACACUAGCGCUAACCACUAGUGCGAAAGGAAUAUUGUUUAGUGAAUGAAAACAAUAUCCGAAAAAUGUGGUAGGUUUUUGUGUGUGUGUUUUGAACACCAGCGUCGAUCUGCAGCGAUCCAUAGAGCUGCAUUUUGAUCUGCCUACUAACCACGAACCUGUCAACCCAAAAACGGUUCGACCGCAAAGGCGCCUGUAACACUGAACAAAGUAAAUCGUUCUUUAAAGAUAAAAUAAGCCAGAGAUUAGUGCGGAAAACACCGAAUGCAAAUGAAAAUGGAGAAAAAAGUAAAACCCAACACACGUAUACACUCACACACACACAGACACACACUCACACAUGCAUACAUACACAGAUGAAUAGUGUAUUUCAAGAAACCGUAAACACUGAAGGGAGAAAUUAUAUAAUAAACAAGAAAAUAAUUAUUGUAAUAUAUUUAUAAUGUGAAUUUGGAAUAUAACCAGUAUUUAUUAUACUGUAAUAAAAAUAUAUUUAAAACGUA